UACAACUUAAAAUAUGUAAAUUGUUAAAUCUUCUUUUAAAGGCUUGCUCUAAUUUACAGCUAAAUUCAAGUUGAGUAGAGUAUACAGAUAUUCCACUGUACCCAAUCUUCAGAUGAGCAAGUGUGUCAAGCACCGCAGUCGGCCACAGAGGCCACAUGUAGCCAAGUUCAGUGCGGGGUAAUCUAAGCCCCGAGUCGAAGGGCAUUCGAGAUCUUGAUAUAAAUUUGCCGUCGAAACAAGUUGGAGCAUCACUUGCCUUCCAGAUUUCCCACUGCACACACACACAAAGACACACAUCUACACACGCAGAAUGAGCAACGGCAGACAUUUGGCUAAGGGUUCCCCUCCGCCGGAGGUUCCGGAGGAUGGCAUCUUGCGUUUGUAUUCCAUGCGCUUCUGCCCAUUUGCGCAGCGAGUGCAUCUUGUGCUGGAUGCCAAACAGAUACCCUAUCACAGCAUCUACAUUAAUCUCACAGAGAAACCAGAUUGGCUGUACGACAAGAAUCCUCAGGGUAAGGUGCCAGCUUUGGAAUUGGUGCGUGAACCGGGUCCACCAGUGUUGACUGAAUCGUUGCUCAUAUGCGAGUACCUGGACGAGCAGUAUCCACUGCGUCCACUCUAUCCGCGGGAUCCGCUCAAAAAGGUGCAGGACAAAUUAUUGAUUGAAAGCUUUAAUCCGGUUCUGGGUGCGUUCUUUAAAGCAUCUGAUGGCGGCGACAUGGAGCCUUUCUGGUCCGGUUUGGAUGUUUAUGAGAAGGAGCUAGGUCGUCGGGAAACAUUAUUUUUCGGGGGCGAACAAACGGGCAUCUUGGAUUACAUGAUAUGGCCUUGGCUGGAACGUUUGGAGUUGCUAAAGUUGCAACGUGGCGAGGACUAUAACUACGAUAAGCAACGCUUUCCCCAGCUGACACAAUGGCUGGAGCGUAUGAAACGGGAUGCCGCUGUGAUGGCCUUCUACAUGGAAGCCGAGGUGCAAGCGGAAUUUUUGCGCACACGCAGCGCCGGCAAACCCAACUACAAUCUCCUGGUGAAAGAUGCUUGAUAUCUGUUUUUUUUUUUUUACUUUUUUUUUAUUGGAAUGGAAUAAAUCAUACAAAAGUUUGUCUAAUUGUUAAAA